CUAGGCGCAAGAAUCCCGCUCCAAUCUUUGAUUCUGAGGCGACGUCGUCAGCGCGCUCGUUCUUCGCGAACUCAAUCGCUCCAUCGAAAGACACGCAAUCGAGGUGGGGGCAAAAAGAUCGAUUUUCCAUAAAUGGCGGAUUCGAGGUGAAAUCCCCAGAUAUGGCAAGCCAUCCGCCGCACUCCUCCUCCUCGACCCGACCCGUUUCAUGAAUCGCCCGACCCGCUAUCUCCUCUCCUCCCUCCUUCCUCCUCCUGCUGCCGCUGCCGCUGCUGCCAGAACCUCCCACCGUCCGCUUCUCAGAUUCGUUUCCCCCUCCAGACCCGCCACCCGGCUCAGCCUCUCCACCACCGCCCCUUCCAAGAACCGCCCCAUCGCCGCCGUGACCACCCGGCCCUCCGCCGCCACUGCCACCAUGGACCCUCGCCCGCCCGAGCCCGACCCGAAUUCCGGCGAGGACUUCGUCCACAUCGAGGACCCGGAUCCCAACGUGGAGAGCCUGGGCGAGAGCUUCGUCGGGGUCGACGUCGCGAGGGAGGUGGAGGUGGAGGACGACGGCGAGGAGGCUGAUCGUCGGAGCGGCGGCGGCGGCGGCGGCGUCGGCGACGGAGACGGCGAGGGAUCCGAUCGGAGGAGGAUGACGCUUCCCGAGGAACUCUCCAGGAGCGUGGUGGUCCUCGACUGCGAGUCCUCGGCCGAGGGCGGCACCUGCGACGUGUUCCUGGUUGGGACGGCCCAUGUCUCCGAGGAAUCAUGUAGAGAAGUAGAAGCUGUGAUCAGUUACCUGAAACCAGAGGUGGUAUUUUUGGAGUUAUGCCACAGUCGAGCGGCUGUGCUUACACCGCAGAAUCUGAAGGUACCUACAUUUGGAGAGAUGGUGGAAAUGUACAAGAAAAAACACAAUGUAUUUGGAAUCCUUUAUAGCUGGUUCCUUGCCAAGGUUGCUAAUAAGCUUGAGGUCUAUCCUGGAGCUGAGUUUCGUGUAGCAUUUGAAGAAGCAAUGAAGUAUGGUGGCAAGGUUCUACUAGGUGAUCGCCCAGUACAGGUUACCUUACGAAGGACAUGGGCAAAAAUGCCACUCUGGCAUAAGACAAAGUUAAUGUAUUCCUUACUUUUCCAAGCAGUCUUCCUACCGAGCCCCGAGGAUCUCAAUAAAAUGCUGAAGGACCUGGACGAUGUAGACAUGUUGACUCUUGUGAUUCAAGAAAUGAGCAAGGAAUUUCCCACCCUAAUGGAGACACUUGUUCAUGAGCGAGAUCAGUACAUGUCAUACACAUUGUUAAAGGUUGCCAGAGAACAUAGUUCAGUCGUCGCAGUUGUUGGCAAAGGCCAUCUUGGCGGUAUCAAGAAGCAUUGGAAGCAGCCUGUGGUGGUAAAGGAUCUUCUGGAAAUGCCUUCAAAAAAGCCGACGGUUUCUACCUUCAAAGUGCUCUCGUCUUUGGGUGUCGCAGUUGCUGGGGUGGCUAUCCUAUCUGGUAUCUACUUUGGAUGGAAGAAAUGAAAUGUGUAACAAUUCUGUUGGAUGACCUUUGAGGACUGAUUUACAUGUGACUACAUAAUUUUUACGUGGAUGCAGCACAGUGGAAAUUGUUUAUAAUUAAUCUUCAUUUAUUUAAUUUUUUCUUCCCUGGUACAUGUAACUCUCGUAACAAGUUUUAAAGCUCCUGGUAUUCAAGUA